GCUGGCUCUGCGGUCCCGGGCGGACCGGCUGAGAGUCGGCGCCGGCUGCGCGCCCAGGGGCCAAGGGGGUGACCGUCGAGACGCGCGGCCCAGCUCCCCCGGCGCCCGCGUCCCCGCUCCCGGGCCGGCGCAGGGCGGGCCCGGAGCUCUAGAUGCCGCCAGCCCCGGGGCUGCGGAGCGGGCCGGGUGCCUCCUGCGAUGGCGGCGGAACAGGAGGCUGCGGCCAGAGACAGAAUACUCCUUGAAGAGAACCAGUGCAUUUCUCCUGUGGUUUCCAGUCAUAUGAGCCUAUGGACAAAACCAACAGCUGUUGGAUCCCUCAGCCCACAUGUGAUAGAGUUCCCAAGAAAACGAAAAGGAAGUGACUCAGGCCCAUCCCAGUCAGGAAUCAUGACAGAAAAAGUGGUGGAAAAGCUCUCUCAGAAUCCUUUUACCUAUCUUCUUUCAACAAGGAUAGAAAUAUCAGCAUCCCGUAGCAGCAGACUGGAAGAUGGUGAACGAGUUAAAACGAAGUCCUUCAGAGAAGCUCAUAGCCAAACCGAAAAGCGGAGGAGAGAUAAAAUGAAUAAUCUGAUUGAAGAACUGUCAGCAAUGAUCCCUCAGUGCAAUCCCAUGGCACGGAAACUGGACAAGCUCACAGUGUUAAGAAUGGCUGUCCAACACUUGAAAUCUUUAAAAGGUAUGACAAAUUCUUAUGCAGGAGGUAAUUAUAGACCUUCAUUUAUUCAGGAUAAUGAGCUCAGACACUUAAUCCUUAAGACUGCCGAAGGCUUCCUAUUUGUGGUUGGAUGUGAAAGAGGAAAAAUUCUCUUCGUUUCUAAAUCAGUCUCCAAAAUACUUAAUUAUGAUCAGGCUAGCUUGACUGGACAAAGCUUAUUUGACUUCUUGCAUCCAAAAGAUGUUGCCAAAGUAAAGGAGCAACUUUCUUCUUCUGACCUUUCACCAAGAGAGAAGCUGAUUGAUGCCAAAACUGGCUUGCAAGUUCACAGUAAUUUCCACAGUGGAAGGAUGCAUGUCUAUUCUGGCUCGAGGCGAUCCUUUUUCUGUCGGAUAAAGAGCUGUAAAAUCUCUGUCAAAGAAGAGCAUGAAUGCUUAUCCACCUCAAAGAAGAAAGAUCAUAGAAAAUUCUGUACUAUCCACUGCACUGGUUACUUGAGAAGCUGGCCUCCAAAUAUUGUUGGAAUGGAAGAAGAAAGGGACAAGAAGAAAGACUGUAGUAAUUUUACCUGCCUUGUUGCCAUUGGGAGAUUACAUCCAUAUAUUGUCCCACAGAACAGUGGAGAGAUUAAAGUGAAACCAACUGAAUUUAUAACCCGGUUUGCAAUGAAUGGAAAAUUUGUCUAUGUGGACCAAAGGGCGACAGCAAUUUUAGGAUAUCUGCCUCAGGAACUUUUGGGAACUUCUUGCUAUGAAUAUUUUCAUCAAGAUGACCAUAGUAAUUUGACUGACAAGCACAAGGCAGUUCUGCAGAGUAAAGAGAAAAUAUUUACAGAUUUAUACAAGUUCAGAAAGAAAGAUGGCUCUUUUGUAACUUUAAAAAGCCAGUGGUUUAGUUUCACAAAUCCUUGGACCAAAGAACUGGAAUACAUUGUGUCUGUCAACACUUUAGUUUUGGGACAUAAUGAGAUGAAAGAAGUGUCAUUACUCCCUUGUAGCUGUCAAUCAUCAGAAGAAUCCUCUAAACAGUCUUGUAUUAGUGUGCCUGGAAUGUCUACUGGAAUAGUAUUUGGUGCUGGGAGUAUUGGGACAGAUAUUGUAAACGAAGUCCUGGAUUUCCAGAGGUUACAGUCUUCCUCCCUUGAUGACUCAAGUCCAACAAAUUUAAUGAAAGAUUCUCAUGCUAUCAACUGCAGGAAAAUUUCAAAAAAGGAGUCAAUUCCACUAAAUCCUUCUGAAAUGGGGAAGCCAGAGGCUACAAGGCAAAACCAGAGUGCUGAUCCUCCCCACAGUCACGAGCCACUCCUUGGUGACAGUGCCCAGCUGGAUUUUGAUGCCCUGUGUGACAAUGAUGACACAGCCAUGGCUGCCUUCAUGAAUUACUUUGAAGCAGAGGGGGGCCUGGGAGACCCCGGGGACCUCGGUGACAUCCACUGGACACUCUAGCAUUUGAUUCUUAAUUCUUACAAAUUAGGAAUGUGUUAAAGCAUUUCAUUGACAAAAAAAAAAACAACUAUAAAAUCUUCUGUACUGUCUUGGUACUGUUUUUAUCUUUUAUUCCUAUUAAUAGUCUACCAAUUGUUAUAGAUGUGCACCUUACUUCCACGGCAGUAUGGGGAAAUGUGAUGUUUCCCUUCACAAAGAAUGGCUCAGAGUUUCCUACAGACAGAUCCCUUUUCUCAGUGACAUGGCUUAAUACCCACUAGUUGCUAUCUUUUUGUUAAAAUAUUUCUCAUCAAGAAUAUCACAUACAUCUUGUUUUGGUUUUGUUUUUAUUUUCUGAUGCAGUUUUUGAGUGUGGGGAAUAAAUUGACAUUUUCCUGUGUCUAAGAUUAAUUUAUAAUGGACUUAUACUAAUAGAUUUAUAGAAGUUGGAACAUCUCCAUUUCUUGUAUAUUUCCUGAAUUGAGGAUAAGGCUUAUACACUUUAAGAAAACUCUGAGCCCUUGAACACCUAAAGAGAGGGUACAAUUGGUAGUCAUAAUUGCAGUGAAUACUAUGUUCAGUCAUUGUAAACUUGGGCAAACAUAACCAGGAUAGUUAUGCUUGGUCAAGCACUUAAGAUGGGCUUUAAAUGAGAGAAUUUAUUUAAAACUCAGGAAAAAAAAAAAAAAAGUUAAGGGAUUUUCAGUUGGCUUACAGAAAAGGAAAGAUCUUGGGGCCUAGAUCUUGAUAAUUAUCCUUUGCAUAUAAGAAUUGUUGCUAAUGUAACCAGUCAAGAUUUUCAUUACAUGUAAAACCAGUUUUUGAUGCAGAAAAUGAGCUUAGUGAAAGAUUAGCCCUGGACAAAAAUACAAGCCCAAGCAGGUUAAAUAUCUUUUGAGAAGUCACAGUUAAAUUUAUAUUUUUAAAAUGUUUAAUGUGUAUAUAUCAGUUUCUUGAUACACAUUUGGGAAAGCAAUGGUCUCACUGGUUAAAUUAUUAGUUAACUGACCCAUGAACUAGCUGUGGCCUUCUAGAAUAGGCAAUUACAAUUAAUGUUGCCUGAAACCAAAGGUAAUUAUACAAAUGCUAAGUGUAGUUUUGAAACUGAGGCAAUGAGAAAGAAUUCAAAAACCAAUUUUCUAGCUAUCAUUACAUAUUUGGAGAUCAUUUUUUAACUAGUAAUUGAGGAGUGGCCUAUACUGAUUACAAGAAGAAUAUUUAAAAUCAUAUACGUAUGUCUACCUUUCUGAAGGUCAUACUUUCAUAAUACUGUAUGUUUUCAUAGUUCUUUCUAGUUUACCAAAUGUGUUUUCAUGUGCUUUCUUUGGUGCCCCCCAAAUGAAAGUACGAUAGUCUGGGAAGCUAAUGGGGAAGCUGGAAGCUCAGAUGUGGGGGAGCCAAUGCAGUUCUCUUCCUCUAUGUGGUGCUACAGCAGCUAGCUCUCCGAGUCUCGCACCAAAACAAAUAUUAUUUUGGCCUUGCAUAUUUCUUUUGGCUGUAUAUAAUAGAUUAGAACUUUUGUCAAACUGGUUAAUGGCAAACAUACCACCAGGUAACAGGCCAAAAAGCACACAUUCCCUUCAGCUGGGACCUCUGCAGUGGCUACAUGGGGAAGGGAAGUAUUGGCACAUUGUCCUCCAGGCAAUACAGUAUUGGAGAGUCAGCACCACUCCCGGUUCUGGGACUUGAGGGACUUGGCAAGUUUACAAUAACCCAGAGAAAUCCUACAGGAUGGGGGAGACUGGUUUGCAGCAGGCUAAGCAUGAUUGUUCUUGCUUCUUCAGACUUAAAACAAUCACAUCUCCUCUUUAAGUCUGAGGCCAUACCAAGAUUAACAGUUUAAGGUCUAAACCAUUGCAGGUUGGACUUGGCCUCCAGAGUUGACUAAGCUAGGGGUAGCAAGGUGGGUCACUGUGACUGGAUGACCUUGAAAGGAGAGGGGCUAACCCUCCUGAUGCAAGGCUCUGGGAGGCAGAGUUUCUAGAGGCCAUCACUACUACAUAUAGAAGCAUUUUUUCUCUUUGCAAGAAGAAGCAUUAGUUCAUAGACUGGUGGGCAGAUAGCCAAUUUAAGGCUUUGAUCCUAUAAUAACCCACUCGAGGAUUUUUCUGGACCCAGAAUCCAAUCCAUGCAAUGCAGGAUAAUUCUAACUCUCCCAUGUUUAGUGUUUUCUCUGAAAUGUGUUGCAUUUACAUUGAAUUGCUGUUAGGAGAGACAGAUAUUUUUAUGGCUUAUGCUAUAUUAAUUUUUCUCCUAACCAUUAAUUUCUUGCAUUUUGAUGAAAAGCAUCUACACAUUGAAUGAGAUAAUAAAAAGGAUAUUCUAGUUCUUCCCCCCCCCCCCCAUAAGUCUAAGAAUUACUUACAAUAACACAGUGGAGUGGGGAAGAGCCUGGAAUCAGAAAGAGCCUGCUCACCCUAAGUUUACCUGUGUGACCUCAAGUAAGCCAUUUAAACACUCUGUAUGUGCCUCAGUUUCCUCCUCUGUAACAAGAGGUUUGAUCUCUCUGUUUACUUCCAGUUUUGAUUCUAUGAUUCUAACCCAUGGGACUUGAGCAUUAGGGUCAGACUCUAGAACUGUGUUGUCGGGUAUGGAGCCACAGGCCACGUGUGGCUGCUGAGCACUUGAAAUGUAGCUAAUGCAAAUUGAGAUAGACUGAAAUGUAAAAUGCAAACCAGAUUUCGUACAUUUAGUAUAAAAAGAGAACAUAACAUAUCACAUUAACAGUUUUAUAAUGGGACACCUGGCUGGUUCAGUCAGAGGAACACACGACUCUUGAUCUCAGGGUCGUGAAUUUAAGCCCCAAGUUGGGCAUGGAACUUACUUAAAAAUAAAUAAAAAUUUAAAAAUAAAUAUAAAAAACUAUCUUUUAAAAAAGUAGUUUUAUACUGAUCACAUACUCAAGUAUUUUGGAUAUACUGAAUUAUAUAAAACAUUAACAUUUUAGUUUUUACUUUUUUAAUGUGGCUACAAGAAAAUUUUAAAUUACCCAUGUGGCAUAUAUUAUAUUUCUAUUGGACAGUGCUGCUCUGAAACAUUUUAUUAAGUGGAUAUUAUUGAGUAGACCAAAGGUUAUACCGUAACUAUGAUAUUUACCUCUAAAUGCCAUGGUUUAAGAAACAAUUGUUUAUUGAUCCUUGAUUUAGUAUAAUCCAAUAACUGUGAACUCCUAUCCAUGUAUCCAAAUUUAAAACUUUUUGAAACUAGUAAA